GUGAAACACUGAAACAGCUGAAUCAAUUGUGCUGUAUGUUUCGAGGCUUCGAAACAUCAAUCCGAAACCGCCUCCACAGUGACAUCUAGCGUGCAUGUCUUUACAUGAAGCAGUCUUGGCAAGAUUUUAGACGAGCCUUGAUAAAUUGUAUCCCCCCAACAUGUUGUUGAGUGACACAAGUGAUAGGACACAAUACUGAUGCACAACCUUGGGAGCUGAGGAACUUAUUGAGACAUACAGUAUGUCAUUCUCAUCUGACACACCUGAUUCAGGCCUUGCAGUCUGUGAGCUAAUAAAUUAAAAAUAGUGUAUGAUGAAAUACUGUACAAAAUGUAGAGGAUCAGGUAUCCUCCAGGACAGGUUUGAGAAGCUCUGCUCUAUAGCCUAGUGUCAGAACAAUAGUAAGAUAAGCAAUGGGUGGAGCUUGUUUCUCAUUAACAGUGUAUAAAUAUGAGCAAAUGACAAAAACAUGUUUCAGAGUGAAUCUUCAUCCUCCACCAAAAGUAUCUCAGACAGGUUUUUAUUAAACUGCUGGUCAUGUACCUACACUGGGUAUUUUGUUAUCUUGCGUUGGUCUGGUGUGUGUCUGGUGAUAAAGCAUUAUGCAACACUACAGAUUAUUCAAGUAUUUAUGCUGCACUUCUUGAGGAACUUGGCGUCCUUGAGGAUAACAGUACGAUGAAGCAGAUCCGGCCCUUAACUGAAGGAAAUAACGCCACUGAGGUUUAUGUGAGCCUGAUAGUGACCUCCAUCACAGAUGUGAAUGAAAAAGCUCAGAGCAUCUCAACACAAGUAACACUUUUAACUGUUUGGUAUACAAAAGAUUUAUGGAACUACUCAGAUUUUUGUGAAAUCGACUCAUUUCUAGCCCCAAAAGAUUUGUUUUGGACACCAGACAUCGUUGUUGUAGAAAGGUAAGAACUUUAUUUAAUGUACUUUUUCCUUGACCCACUCUCAUUAGGCAUACACUGUUAAAUAAAGG